AUGUCAGCAAACAAUUCAGCUAUAGUAGGUGCACUUAGAGGUGGUAAUCUACAAAAUCGUAAUUCCCAAAGAUCUACACUCUUAAAAGUGGUGAUUCUUGGUGAUGGUGGUGUUGGCAAAUCUUGUCUUAUGAAUAGAUUUGUAUCAAAUCAUUUUGAUGAACAUAGUUUUCAUACUAUUGGUGUAGAAUUUUUAAAUAAAGAUAUUGAAAUUAAUGGAGAAGCAUAUACAUUACAAAUAUGGGAUACAGCUGGACAAGAAAGAUUCAAGACUUUAAGAACUCCAUUUUAUAGAGGCUCUGAUAUUUGCCUUUUAACUUAUGCUGUGGAUGAUAUAACAAGUUUUAAAAAUUUAGCACUUUGGAGAUCUGAAUUCCUUUAUUACGCCGAUGUUCAAGAAGGAUCAACUUUCCCAUUUAUAAUUGUUGGAAAUAAAGUGGAUGUUCCAGAUUCUGAGAAGCAAGUUUCAACAGAAGAAGCUCAAGCUUGGUGUGCAAAAAAUGGAGAUCCUCCAUUAGUAGAAACAUCUGCAAAGGAUGCAACUAAUGUUGAAGCAGCAUUUGGUGCAGCUGUUGCUGCUUGGGCACAACUUGAAGCUAGAUUAGAAAGACCAUUAGUAGAAGAUACUGUUGAUCUUUCUAAACAACAAUCUCCUCAUCGUUCAAGUUGUUGUAUGCCUGUGUCUGGUGCUGAAUUCACAGUCAUGAUCUAAUAAAAAUGAACAAGAAGGUAAAUAAAUAAUUUUUGUGAUGCAUACUGGCAGUCUUGGGAUGGACACAUAAGAUUUGUUGAUAUCUGGAAAGAGUAUACUUUAUUGCAAAUUGUAUCAACACUUAUAAAUGAUGAUCAAUGUAUUUAGGACAUAUAAGGACAUUACAUUGUAUAAGAAUUUUAUUGUUUUCUUUGACCUAAACAACACUUAUUUCUGUUUGAGCAAUUUGAACUUAAUCCCUUAAAAUUAAGUCAAGACCAAU